AUACUUGAAGCAUUUAUUUGCUUAUUUGCAUCUAACCUACCAGCUGUAUUUGUAUGAUAUUUUGUUUAUCCUGCCAAUAUUUAUCAAGUAAACAAAAUGUAAUGGACAGAUCCUGCAUGUGUUCAAACAUGACUAAAGCUGCUGUCCAGUGGUGGGCUGAACAUAUUAACUCAUAGCCAGUAACAACUGGUAGCUGGUGGUACAGUUAUGCUGGUUUAACUUUGAUGUCCUGGUAGAGCUGAACUUUAGUCAAGGUGGAUAAAAAUCACUGGCUGUAUGCAAGACGUUUGAAGGAUUUAAAUUUUGUUCACUUCAUGGCCAAAGACAAUCCAGCGGUUUUCCUGAUUUUCGAAGCGCCGGUGGAGACUCAUUUCGGGGCGGAGGUGCCACCCCUUUCUCAGCCUCUGUGAACCAGGAAGAUAAACGCCGCCUAGUGACUAGCAUCCAACAUGACAGGGGUUUGUGGUUGUUGCGGGGCGCUCAGGCCUCGGUACAAGAGACUUGUAGACAACAUCUUCCCAGAAGACCCAGAGGAUGGGCUGGUGAAGGCCAACAUGGAGAAGCUUACAUUCUACGCCCUGUCAGCUCCAGAGAAGCUGGACCGUAUCGGAGCGUACCUGUCUGAGAGGCUGUCAAGGGAUGUGGCCCGACACAGAUACGGGUAUGUGUGCAUAGCGAUGGAAGCCCUGGACCAGCUGCUGAUGGCCUGCCACUGCCAGAGUAUCAACCUGUUUGUGGAGAGUUUCCUCAAGAUGGUGCGCAAGCUGCUGGAGUCGGACAAACCUAGCCUGCAGAUCCUGGGAACCAACUCGUUUGUGAAGUUUGCCAACAUAGAGGAGGAUACGCCAUCGUACCACCGCAGUUAUGACUUCUUUGUGUCACGCUUCAGUGAGAUGUGCCACUCCAGCUUCGAGGACCCUGACAUCCGCACAAAGAUCCGGAUGGCAGGUAUCAAGGGUCUGCAGGGUGUGGUGAGGAAGACUGUGAAUGACGAGCUUCAGGCCAACAUCUGGGACCCUCAGCACAUGGACAAGAUCGUCCCCUCUCUGCUUUUCAACCUGCAGAGUGGAGAGCGCACAGAGAGCCGCUCCCCCUCUCCGCUGCAGGCGUCAGAGAAGGAGAAGGAAAGCCCGGUGGAGCUGACAGAGCGCUGCUUCAGGGAGCUGCUGGGACGAGCCGCCUACGGCAACAUCAAGAAUGCCGUCACACCCGUGCUAAUGCACUUAGAUAACCAUUCUCUAUGGGAGGGGAAAACCUUUGCAGUGCGUUGCUUCAAAAUCAUCAUGUACUCCAUCCAGUCUCAGCACUCUCACUUAGUAAUCCAGCAGCUUCUCGGUCAUCUGGAUGCUAACAGCAAGAAUUCAGCCACAGUGCGAGCCGGGAUAGUGGAAGUUUUACUGGAGGCAGCCGCCAUCGCAGCCAGCGGCUCUGUAGGUGAGAAAUCUUGUUCACUACGUGCUCUACUGGCCGGCACAUCAGAUGUUAAUAUUAAUUUUUGGGGUGACUUGUCUUUUUAUUAUUCAUUUUGUGUUUGUGUGUGUCUAUGUGUAGGGCCGACAGUGUUGGAGGUGUUCAACACUCUGCUGCGGCAGCUCCGCUUGAGUGUGGACUACGAGUUGACCGGCUCCUAUGACGGCAGCACCAACAUCGGCACCAAGAUCAUCAAAGCUCAUGAGGAGAGGCAGCUGCAGGAGGCAGUUAUCAGGACCAUUGGUUCAUUUGCCAACACUUUGCCAACCUACCAGAGGUCAGAGGUCAUGCUCUUCAUCAUGGGCAAGAUCCCUGUCCCUGGAAUUCACCCCGUUCUGCCCUCUACAGGCUCUGGGCCUGAGGGUACCAGGAUGAUUCAAGUUAUGUUACUUAAAUCCUUGGUCCAGGUGACGGCGGGUUUCCAGACCACCAACAUGCUGACAGCACUGCCCAGCUCUUUCCUGGAGCCGCUUCUGUCUUUCUCUCUAACCGAGGACCCAGAGGUUCGGCUGCUGGUGCUCCAAAUCCUUCUCGGUCUCAUUGACAGGCACGACAACAGGCCCAAGUUCUCCAACAUAAGCAUUAUUACGGACAUCUCAGUGCUGAAGCUCAAAGUUGACAAGUGCUCCAGACAGGACAACUUAUUCAUGAAAAAGCAUGGCCAGCAGCUGUACCGACACAUCUACCUGGGCUGUAAGGAGGAGAGCAGCGGUCAGCAGCACUACGAGACCCUCUUCGCCUUGUUGGGUCUACUCAGUGUGGAGCUGGCCAACGAAGAAGUGGUGGUAGACCUCAUUCGUCUGGCACUCGCCUUGCAGGACCUGGCUCUGUCCACUGACGAAGGUCUGCCUGUUUUUAACCGUUGUGCUGUUCACGCCCUCGCCGCCGCCUACCUCAACCUCAUCUGCCAGCUCACCACCGUUCCAGCCUUCUGCCAGCACAUACAUGAGGUAAUUGAGGUGAGACAGAAAGAAAGUCCCUAUCUUUUGCCUGAGGACGUCUUUGUUGAUAACCCCAAGCUCCCUUCCUCGCUUGAGAAGGUAGAAGGUGAUGUGUUGUUCCUCCAGUCGAAGAUCACUGAGGUCCUUGGAGGCAGCGGUUACAACACAGAGAGACUGGCUACGCCUUAUGUUCCCCAAUAUACUGAUGAAGACCGUCUGUCCAAGAGAAAGAGCAUCGGGGAAACCAUCUCACUGCAGGUUGAGGUGGAGUCCCGAAACAGUCCAGAGAAAGAGGAGAGGACACCAGCAGAGGAGAUCACAUUUGAGACCCUGAAGAAUGCCAUCGUGGACAGUGUGGGUAUGGAGGAGCAGGAGAGGGAGCGGAGGAGGCAAGUGGUGGAGAAGUUCCAGAAAGCCCCCUUUGAGGAGAUAGCUGCCCACUGCGGUGCCAGGGCCACACUGCUGCAGAGCAAACUGAAUCAGAUCUUUGAGAUUACAAUCAGACCCCCGCCCAGCCCAUCUGGAACCAUCUCUUCAGGCUACGGCCAAAGCCAGAGUCGAUCUGUACCCAUCUACGAGAUGAAGUUUCCGGACCUCUGCGUGUAUUAGACAACGAGGUUACAGAACUCUUUUAACAGUUGAGGUCACAGGAGGUGUUCUGAGGUGCAAAUUGAUCCUCACUGUAAAGUCAACUCGACCGUGGAAUCAAACAACCGCAGGGGAUGGGAGGGAGGAGAAACCACAGUUGUUUGAAGCCAAGCCACAGAACAAGCCACUCUUAUGAUUAACCUAACUUUUUGCCCUGUGAUCGCAGCCAAAACAAGCUGGCUAAUGUCAGUAAACACAGCCGUAGCCUAAACUUUUAUUUCCUUUGUUUAUGUUAGAUGUCUGGAGGAACUCCAUUGGGUGGAAUUUUCAAGUUAGACUGACAAUUAUUUAUUUGCUUUAGAGUGAUUUCCUAUCUGAACUGACCUGCUGCAUGCCCUCUAACUGGAAAAUUUUAAAAGCACUGCAAUUCUUGACAAUGGCAUUUCUUUUAAAAGGUGCCAUACUAUCCUUGAUCACAAAAAACAGAUCUUUUUAUUUGUUAAAUUUGUUUUAAUGUUUAUCGAUUUUAAAGUCAGAACGUAUGUGAAUUGUAUUUUUGAGCAACUGUGCACUAGUACGGCAUGUCUGAGUGAAAUACGGAUGGAUAAACACAAAUAUGAAGCUGUUCCUUCUUCUCCAGUAUCACUCAGCUCCUUAACAUCUGUCUUCAGUGUUUUAAGGCUUUACCAUAAUGUUUUGUUUUGCCUUUUUAGUGUUAGCCAAAAGUGCUUUUUUUUUUCAUGACGGGCAUUUAUUUCCUGAAUCUAAUUCAAUUCUAAUAUUUAUUUAGUUUUUUAGCAGUGGUUUAAAAAGAAGGAUAACUGUUGAUCUGCGUGCUUUCCUCCCCAAAGUGAGUGUGCCUUAUAGGUGACUCAAGUUAAAACAGACGAUGUCACUCAGUCUGAAACACAUACUGCGCCACAAUAAACUUCACAAGUGUUUACCGUGACGUUUACCAGAUCACUAGAAAAACAGUAAAGGAUCCUUUAUUUUUCUCCUUCCCAUAUAAAUGUGUAUAUACAGAGAAAUAUAUAAAAUCUUUAAGCUGAUGUACAGAGUAGGGAGGUUUUUGUGUGUAUAUAUACUGUAUAUUAAUUCAAAUUUUAGACUGCCACUGUACUGAUUGUGUCCAUAGAUAAGGGAGAAAGCUACUUAGUGAGUAUUCAGAUGCUUUUUGUUAAAAUCUCGUCCUCUAAUAAGCAACCAGCAGCACAUGGAAUCAAAAUCUCUCUGAACAACCCUCAGUAGAAAUCUGCAUCAUCUGGAGGCCAAUGGAACAUACUAGUGAGGUCUGAAAGUGUCCUGCUAAAGUAUUAAUGAGCCCAUCUGAUGGAAAAACAAGUUAUUUUCUACUUCAUUUCUAGCCACAAUUUUUGAGACAUAACCUGCGUUGUUGCCAUUACAUCCCUGAGUCGUGCUGGAAUGAGUUUGCACUCUUUUUGUCUUUUUACGCUAGGCAGCUGUUGCGGCCACCUCCGAGCAGCGCGUCUGUCUCUUUCAGCAAGAUUUGAACACGUCUAAAAGCCAUUUCGUGUGUGCGCAAACACACACUCCCACGUUCACAGGUAUCGAAACAAAGUAUAAUGGCAAUAAUUCGGCACUAGCCAGGCCAACGUGGCUCAACUGUAGGUAGCAGAUCCUUUUUUUUGUGUGUGUUUUGAAUCGUACCCUCUGUUUGUGGUGCUGUGAUGGUUCAGUUUCGUGACUUCGUGAGAGACCGCCCCCCCCGCCCCCCGCUCCUGCGCUUCUGUGAAUUAACUGCAUCGGGCGUGGCAUGUAUUGCAGCCAUCGACGGUGUUUGGUUUGUCCCUGAUUGUCAUGUGUUACAGUCCAGUUUGUUCCAUUUGUUUUAUCUUUUUUUUUUUUUUUUUUUACAAUGUAGUGUCCUCUGUGUGUAUAUUUAUGUCCACACAUGCCAGUUGUAUCAGAUUGUACGUGUGCAUGUAUGCGCUCUUCAUGUUUACCCCGUUUUUGUCAGUGCAGGUUUGCGUGUGUGUGAGUGAAUGUUUGUCUUUUGUUCAUGUGUCAAUGUGAGCAUUCAUGCAGAUGUGUGUCUUUAUUGUCAUGACCCAAGACCAAACUCUUUCAGACGCAGUUUACAGUUUUGUCCAGUGACUCCUUCUUCCACGUUAAUGAAGAACAAGCUAUCUAAAAGAGCAAUGUGCAGCUGUCUAAACCUUCCAGUGACACCUACAGUAUGUGAUGCCACACUUGUAAAAUUGUCUUUCAGCAUCUUGCAACUUUCGCAGUGAAAGAAAAAAAAACAAAAAAACAACUGUAAAUCUAUCAAUCUGCUUGUUGUCAUUGCAUAGUGUAAUGUUAAUAUUAACUGACAGUAAUCCAAUUUUACUUUUGUCAUUACAUGUCUGGUUGAUAGAUCUGUUUACAAAUGUAGUGCUGUAGGUCAAAUCUAUCCAUUCUGUGAACUUUGCACUUUAAAAACUGGAUUACCUAGUGACAAAGGCAGCUUUUACUUGGAGAAAAUGCCUUAUUAGUGUCAUACCUGACUUUGCAUGCUAGUGAUGUUGCCGUGUUGUACAAUAAAUUUAUCUGUAACCAUAAAA